AUGGCAGGUCCAGGUCCAGCACGCGCCGCGCGAAGCGUUGUUGCUCUCCUCUGGUUCUUGGUUUCCUGCGCUGCGCUCGUGGACAGCCGUGGCGGAGCCAGCCGGCCGAGCCGGAGCCGGCACCGGCAGGACCUCGAUGUCGGCCUCGGCAGCGGCGGCGGCGGCGGGGGCGUCGGCAUCGGCAUCGGCAUCGGCAUUGGCGGCGGCGGCGGCGGUGAGGGAGGCGGCAGCAGCCCUUCGUCGCCUUCGCCUCCGUCGUCGUCGCAGCCGCGGCCGUGCGACUUCGAGAACGAGCGGCUGUACAGGGCGUACCUCGUGAUCCAGCAGUUCAGGAGCACGGUGACGUGCGACCCGAUGGACAUCACCCGGAGCUGGAGCGGCACCGACCUGUGCGGCGGCUACAAGGGCUUCUUCUGCGAGCGGCCGCCCAACGUGACGGACCGGACCAUCGCGUCCGUCGACUUCAACGGCUACAUGCUGCGGGCGGACUCCCUGCAGGGCUUCAUCAACAGCCUCCCGGACCUGGCGCUGUUCCACGCCAACUCCAACGACUUCGGCGGCGCCGUGCCGAAGCUCGGCGGCCUGCAGUACUUCUACGAGCUGGACCUGAGCAACAACAAGCUCGCGCCGGCCACGUUCCCGACGGACGUGUUGGGCCUCACAAACGCCACCUUCAUCGACAUCCGGUUCAACAGCUUCUACGGGGAGCUCCCGGCGGGCGUCUUCUGCAGGUUCCCGCGGGUGCAGGCCAUCUUCGUCAACAACAACCAGUUCUCCGGCAGCCUCCCGGACAACAUCGGGCAGUCGCCCGUGAACUACCUCUCCCUCGCCAACAACAGGUUCACGGGGGAGAUACCCAAGUCCAUCGCCCACAACGCCGGCACGCUCUUCGAGGUGCUCUUCCUCAACAACAGCCUCAGCGGCUGCCUCCCCUACGAGCUCGGCCUGCUCGAGAAGGCCACGGUCAUCGACGCCGGCACCAACCGCCUCACCGGCACCAUACCGGCGUCGUUCGCGUGCCUGCGCAAGGUGGAGCAGCUCAACCUGGCGGACAACCUCCUGUACGGCGAGGUGCCCGACGCGCUCUGCCGGCUCGCCUUCAGCCACCUCAAGAACCUCACGCUCUCCGGCAACUACUUCACGUCGCUCGGGUCCUGCUGCUGGGACCUGAUCAAGGAAGGGAGGCUCAACGUCGACCGCAACUGCAUCCAGUGGGCGCCCAACCAGCGCUCGCACGAGGAGUGCGCCAAGUUCCUCCGCAAGCCCAAGACGUGCCCCGUCAACAGCUACCUGCCGUGCCGCAGCAAAUCCCACAGCUCGAGCGAGCCGGCCGACGCCGUCACAGAGGAGGACGCGGCGGCGGAGUACAAGUACCGGACCUACUCGGCGCUGCAUCCUUGA